AUGAUGAAGCUCAUGACCUCCAUCGCAGCUCUUCUGCCUUUCGUCUCUAUUGCCACGGCUCAAGCGGCCGCUUACGGACAAUGUGGCGGGACUGGCUGGACAGGAGCUACGACUUGCGUGGCCGGGUACACCUGCACUUAUAGCAGCGCGUAUUACUCCCAAUGUCUUCCUAGCACCGGAUCCACUUCUGGCGGUUCUGGCACCUCGACCGCGUCCGGAGCCCUCCCCACGGGCACUUCGACUGGCGUGCUGAAUACCCUCGCGCAGUCCAUCGGAAAGAAGUACUUUGGGUCUGCGACCGACAACCCCGAGUUCACUGACACUGCCUAUAUGGCUAUCCUUGAGUCGUCGGAAUUUGGCCAGAUUACUCCAGGUAACAGCAUGAAAUGGGAUGCGACGGAGCCCGAGCAGAACACGUUCACGUUUACGCAGGGCGAUGCUGUCGUGUCAAUCGCCAAGGAGAGUAACAAAAUCGUCAGAGGCCACAAUCUUGUCUGGCAAAGCCAGCUCCCGAGCUGGGUGAGCAGCGGCGGGUUUACCGCCGCGGAGCUCACGUCAGUGAUUCAGAACCACAUCAGCAAUGUUGUAGGGGAGAAAUCUGUCAACGCAUGGGACGUCGUCAACGAACCCUUCAACAGUGACGGCAGUUACGUCUCAGAUGUUUUCUACAACACUCUUGGCUCGGACUUCAUCCCGAUUGCGCUGACCGCUGCCCGCGCGGCUGACCCGAACGCCCUGCUCUGCAUCAACGACUACGGCAUCGAGGGUUCAGGUACCAAAUCAACAGCGAUGCAGAACCUCGUGAAGACUCUUAAAGCUGAUGGCGUGCCGAUCGACUGCAUCGGAUUCGAGAGUCACUUCAUCCUUGGUGAGGUGCCUACGGACCUGCAGUCUAACAUCGAGGCUUUCACUGCGCUCGGCGUCGUCGUCAUGAUCACCGAGCUCGACAUCCGCAUGACACUGCCCGAGACGGCCGCGCAGCUCGAGCAGCAGAAGACGGACUAUCAGACGGUUGUUUCGGCGUGUGCUGCUGUGGAUGACUGUGUGGGUAUUACGGUGUGGGACUUCACCGACAAGUACUCUUGGGUUCCUUCGACUUUUUCUGGCCAGGGCGCAGCGUGCCCGUAUGAUGACAAUCUGAUCAAGAAGCCUGCUUUCGAUGGUAUCGUUGCGGGUUUAUCUUGA